AUGAGUGAAGCUAAAUCGCAGUUACUUGUUGUGCUUCGAGAAGCUACUUCUCAAGACUAUCAACGUAUGAGACAAGCAGAAGAAAUGCUUAAACAAUGGGAAAAUGAGCCUAGUUUUUUUGCUACUUUACAAGAUAUUUUCUACGAUCGCACAAUAGAACAUGAUAUUCGUUUCUUGAGUGGUAUUUACCUCAAAAAUGGUAUUGAUCGAUUCUGGAGACGAACAGCUAAAAAUCCUAUCAGUCAAGAAGAGAAAAUCACUAUUCGUCAACGAUUGCUUCAGUUUUUAAACGAACCUAGUAAAAAGCUCACAGCCCAAAAUGCUGUCAUUGUAGCUCGCAUUGCUCGUCUUGAUUAUCCUCGAGAUUGGCCCGACUUACUUUCAACACUUGUCCAAUCCAUGCAAACAACACCAACAAACCAAGAUCAUGCACGACUUGUUCAUCACAGAGCACUUCAAACACUUGGAGAAGUCUUGUCUGAAUUGAGUACACGUUUGUUGUCUGCAGGACGUAAACAGUUUGCAGAAAUUGCGCCCGAGAUUUUCCAAGCAGUAGCUCAAGUCUAUAUGACCUAUGUUGAUCGAACCAUCAUCAGUCUUGGUCAAUCAAGCGGUGUAGAUGGUGAAGCCUUGUUACUCGAGUUAGACAUUGUAGCCACUUGUGUAAAAUGUUUGCGUCUUUUGAUGGUCCAUGGUAUCAAGGAUGUUCAUAAAUACAAUGAAACAAAAACUUUUAUUGAAUUGAGUCGCAAACACCUUGAGCAAUACAUGCAAUGCCGUAUGCCUUUGUUAUUUGUUUGA